UCCUCGCCGCCUUUGCCUCCAGCAGCCCCGCGUCCCGGCCAACUCUCCGCCUCCGUCAGCCGCCGCCUGCCCGACUGCGCACAACGUGACCGCGUCACGUGACCCGGCGCUGGAAGACGGCGUCCCCGCGCACGUCGGACGGCCGAGGCGCCUCAGGACAGCAGGGGCUCCACAGUGGCCCUGGGCCAGGAGGCGGUGCUCGCCGCAGCCCCAGUGCCGGCCCUUCCCGGGGACCGACGCCAACGUGGUCCUCCAGAGACUGCGCGACCGGCAGUGGCUGGAGGCGGUGUUCGGGACCCCGCGACGAGCCUGCCGGGUGCUGCAGCGCACUCACGCCAGGCCCAGCUUAGGGGAAGUGCGCGCGCGUGUGCUCGCGGUACUGUGCCUGGUGUGGCGGCUGCGCGACCUGAGCCAGGCCCUGCGGGAGGCCGAGGCGGACGGCUACAGCAGGCCAAGUGACUGCAGCCGCUGACCCAGGCCGCCUAUCUGGACGAGGCGCGGCGGAGGCUGGAGGGUCCGGCGCAGCCAGCUGAGGCUUCGCGGGAGGGCUCGGGAACUGAAGGUCCACCGGAAGGAGGAGGCCAAACUAUCGGGCCCGGCAGCGCGUGGCGCGGGGGAUGGAUGCUGCGCCAGGAACGGUCGUCGCGCGCGGUCAGACCGGCUGGACGGGUCCCAGACGCACAGCUCACAGCGCUGGGUAACGUGACGCGGUCACGUGGCGCGCAAUCGGGCUGGCGGCGGCUGACGGAGGCGGAGACUUGGCUGCGACGCGGGGCUGCUGGAGGCCGAGGCGGCGAGGCACCGGGGAGCCGCAGCGGUUGUCACCACGGCAGCCGGUGAGAUGGUUGAAAAAGAAGGUUAUCUUCAAAAAGCUAAAAUUGCAGAUGGAGGAAAGAAACUAAGGAAAAACUGGUCUACUUCCUGGAUUGUUCUUUCUAGUAGAAAAAUUGAAUUUUACAAAGAAUCCAAACAACAGGCUCUGUCCAAUACGAUGCCUGGGAACAGUGUCAGUGAGCGAUAUCUUCAAAACAAAGUUGAGCAACAGCACUGUAGAACAAAAACUGGGCACAAAGCAGAAAGUGUGGAUUUGUAUGGGGCACAUAUAGAAUGGGCCAAGGAAAAAUCCAAGCAGAAAGAAUGUCUUUCAGAUUCAUCUUCAUUGGAAAGUGACCAAUCCUGGAACGAUGAAUCCUUGUUCUGA